AUGACCACGACAGCAAACCAUCGGGCCGCCGCAGGAGGUAACAUGGCUCCCGAACCAGAGGAAGACAUAGCGGCCAUCGCCAAACAGAUAUCGGACCACGCGGAGGCGAUAUACCAGACGUGGAAGGCCCGGGGCCUGGCGCCCAACGAGAUACUGACGUGCCACCGCGACUCGUCGGCCGCAGCCGACAAGUUCGGCUCGGCGCUGACGCCGCAACCCAAACUGCCGGUAGACGUGACGGCUCCGGCCCACCAUAACCGUGGCACGCAGCUGAUGGCUGACCCGAACAGCACCAACAACCUGGAACGGCUGGUGAACAAGUUUGUGGUGGAGGACAAGGCCCGGCUGCAGGCGGCCCGGCAGUCGCGUUCGCUGUCGCCCAAGCCGUUCGCAUCGUCUAUUCAGUACGCCUUGCAAAAGUUUGAACAGAAGGCUUCCUCGUCCACCGGUCCCGUCCCCGAGCACCUGCAGCCACAGCAGCAGCAAGCCGCCACUAGCAAGCAAAACGUCGGCGGAGGUGGUGCCGCCAAGAGGUAUUGCAGCAAGCCGUCGCCGAUGCGGAACUAUGUGGCUUCACCGGACGCAGACGACAAUAAGGUCGUGGAGGGGCCCGCGUGGCCGUUUCGGAACGGUGGCAAAUCGGCAGCGAUCCAGUCGCAGCAGAACACCUGUGACUUUAUGGACGAGGUGGCCAAAGAGGAACAGCGGUUGAUCGAUGCGCUCAAGAACGGGUCGGUGGUCGAGAACAGGAAGCCCGAAAAGCCGGCCGUGCCCAGCAAAGAGGGCGUCUUGUUGCGAUCGGCCGCCGGAGGUUACGAUGCGGCGGCGACCGGCCACCGUUCCAAGCCGGAGUUCCUUAUCGGGCUGUCCGCGCUCAGCUCGGCCCGGCGGAACCAGCACGCGCACCGGCAACAGGAACAGGUGCCGCAUCCCGAGCUAACCGACCACCAGCGAGCCAACAUCCGGUCUAAUCACCACCAAUCCAACCCGGUUCGACCGUUUUUAACGCGUGGUUCAGUCGCCGAGCGUGUGCUCAUAUUCGAAAAGUGUCCGACUGAACUUAUGAAGAACUCUGCCGUCUGCAAUUCUGCAUCGUCUCAGUCGUCGUGGAAGAACAUCGGUUCGGAUGUGCACAGCAAAAUACAAAACUACUCGAAGGAAACCAAUCAGAAACCUGGAGGGCCUCCACCGCACACUACGUUACAAAGACAUACAAAGGCCAAUCGUAACGUAUUCAUUCCUAGAUUCUACUAUCCAUUCGGCAAGCCCGAGAGUCAACAGCAAUGGGAUACGAUAGUCAAAACAAUCACAGAUUUCUUCAUAUCGUUGCCGAAUUCGCAAGCUUCGAAACAUCAUUUCGGUCAAAUCGCAAAGUUGUGUAACUGCCCGCUUUAUUGGAAGCAACCUCUGUUCUUUGCCUGCGGCGGGGACUUGUCUAGUACCAUAGACGUAAAUACCUUCCUUAAUUAUUGGAAAGACGUGUGGUCUUCUUGUCACGACUUGCCAUCGAUAUUCAUACGCAUAUUGGCAAGAAACUCAAAAAAACAAACAUUAUCACCUGAAAACUUCAUCUUAUUAGUCCAAGAUGUGGUCGAUUCGCAUCCCGGUUUAACAUUCCUGAAAACAGCGCCAGAGUUCCAUUCUAGAUAUGUGCACACGGUAAUAUCAAGGAUAUUCUACAGUGUAAACACAUCAUGGAGCGGUGAUCUUAGUCUAGCAGAAAUCAGACGAUCAGAUCUAAUGCGAGUCAUUGACCUAUUAGAAAAAGAAGAAGACAUCAACCAAGUGACUGCUUACUUCAGUUAUGAACAUUUCUAUGUCAUAUACUGUAAGUUCUGGGAGUUGGACCGUGACCAUGAUUUAUUUAUUAGCAAAACCGAUUUAGCCAGACACAGCGAUCAUGCUUUGUCCACAAGAAUAAUUGACAGAAUAUUUUCUGGGACUGUUACUAAGAGAAAGCAAAAGAAUUCUAAUAAUAAUUAUGUGGAAGAAAAAAUGAGUUACACUGAAUUUGUUUGGUUCUUAAUGGCCGAAGAAGACAAACGACAUCCUAGAGCAGUUGAAUAUUGGUUCAGAUGCAUGGAUAUUGACGGUGAUGGUUAUUUGUCAAUGUACGAGCUUGAAUAUUUCUAUGACGAGCAAUUGCAAAGAAUGGAAAGCAUAGGAAUUGAAUGUCUACCAUUUGAAGAUUGUUUGUGCCAGAUGCUUGACAUGGUUAAACCUAAGUGUUGUGGCAAAAUAUCAUUGGCUGAUCUCAAAACAUGUAAAAUGACUCCGAUAUUUUUUGAUACAUUCUUUAACCUUGAAAAAUAUCUGGAUCAUGAACAACGUGAUCCAUUUGCUUCACAGAGGGAUAAUGAAAAUGAAGCAUCAGACUGGGAUAAAUAUGCUGCUGAAGAAUAUGAAAUGUUAGUAGCUGAAGAAGGUGGAAAUGAUGCACCAGAAGAAAUAAAUGGAACUGAUAUUGAAGAUAUUCUGUCACCCAAUUUGGAUGAUGUAUUAAAAUCAUGUACGUUUAAUAAAUUAUCCAAUCAGCCUAGAGUUUUGGUCACCGAUUUCUCUGCACCGUCUACUAUGUAUGACGAUAAUGAUUCGUCUGACUAUGCUGGCGAUAGCGACGAUGAUAUUUAA